AUGGCCACCUUCCAGAUUCCACCUCUAAGAAAUGACGAGUCCCAGGCCAUUUGUCAAUUGAUGAAGAGUAUCUUCGAGGAGGAAAACAGAUCACAGCAAUACCAAAAACAAUUGGAGUCUAGAAUUCGUGAGGAGCAGGCUACAAACAGACAAAUUUUGAAUCACUGCGCCUGGUUGGAGUCUGUUAUCAAGCAAUCUGAGCAGGCAAGGUUGCAACGCGAGUCCGCGCUCACAAAUUUGACGGAAAACCAACGAACACUGCACCGAGAUCUUGUGAUUGCAAGCCUCAAGAUACAAGAGUUGGAGUCUCGCGUUGCAAGCCAAAAAUCAGUCAAUGAGACGUUGCUGCGUUCAUUGGCUCCAGGUGAUGAGGGUCAGUCAAGAGCAUUCAAUACUGAUGAUAUUCUCCUUGAAAACCAGUGGCAAGGUGAACUGAUUUCUACCCUGCAAAAUACGCUACAGAUGCAGGAAAGAACAAUCACGGGUCUGCAAAUGGUCUUGGAUGAAACAUGCGGGGGCGAUUUUCCUGGUUGUUGUUCAGCCUGUGAUAUCAGCGGUUACCAGAGUAAUGCAGUCCCGGAUUCUCCAUGUCAGGGAAUUUUGAUUGGAGAUGAUGAAGAGACCUUGUGUGAAAUGAACACAGAUUCAAGGCCUAGCGUUGGAUCGCCCUGA